AUGGCGAAAGGUGGAGGAGAGAAAACCUACUUUGUUGGUACGAUAAAGAAAACAGAUGAACCGAGUAGAAGUUUAGCACACGAUUUAAACAGAGAGGCUAUUACUUACGCAAACGAGCAGACGACAGAUGAUACCGAAAGGGAAAACGAAGGAUCCCCGUCUGGCGGAAGUAAAAAAGUACGUUUCCUGGAGAAACAGAAUGAUACAGAACAAUCAUCGAAAUCCCCUAACAGUACAAGUUUAAAGGCGGGAAAUGCCUCAUUCGUGAAGAGUUCAAGUUCAAGGACCAGUUCCAGAAAUACAGUAAACGGAACACCAAGAAAACGUGUUAGUUCAGAUUCAGGAUUUAGUAAAAGUGGCUCCCCAACGAAAUCUGUAGGAAAUAUCUCACGCGCGAGCAUAACAUCGAGUCAAUUAGGGUCUAAUGGGACAAACAGUGCAUCCGUGGCUAUUCCGCAAAGCGCCGGAAGUCAGCUAACUGAAACCGGAAGUCAGUUUAAGUUUUAUGCAAAUGACGACGUUACUCCAGAUGCACAUUCUUUAAUUUCUCCAUCUAGUAAGAGAAUCGAAAAAAGUUUGCCGUCAGCAACGUCAAGUAGUAAAAGAAGCGAUGACUUCCGGUUCCAUGCAGGGUAUGACGAUGAUUUCGAAGAAGAGGACGAAAAACCAAAGAAAACACAAAGUGGGGCCUUUGCAGCAUCUGAGACUAAACAGUAA